AUGUCCCGUACAACGAGGGCAAAUCAGUCGAGCGUAUCUGGGCUAGGAGACGAGCUUCAAAAGUAUUUUGAAUCUCCUGGUUUUAUUGCCACCAUGAAGAAAGUGGUUGCUGAUGUUUUAAAGGAAGAAUCUUUUCAACAAAUGAUAAAGGAUGUUGUCGAUACUGCGGUGUCGAAAGCUGUCGGGAAUUUAAAUGAUAAAUUGGUCGAAGUGGAUUCGCUAGCUCAGCGAUUAAAUACUAUGGAGGAAAUUGUACGUGACUUUGAAUCAAAGCUAUUGUUGGUUCAAAAUGCUUCGGAGUCUGCUUUACUGAAAGCAAACGACAACGAACAGUAUUCGAGAAAAUAUAACCUUCGAUUCGUGGGUAUCGAAGAGAAGACGGGUGAAAAUUGUGUUGAUUUGAUC